CCUGCUCCGCUUCUAAUGAAUUGAAAUCUCUGAGAGCCGCCAAGGCUCUGGUAGUUUUGCAAAACUGUCCUUGCUCUUUCUGCAUUUGCCCAGCCAAGGGUAUUUUUGCCUGAGGUCGGAGUGAUGCUGUUAGCCCCAGAGAUAUGAUUGCAUAGCAACACAGAGCAGCUCUGAGAGGGGAGGAGGAGGAGAAGGAGGGCAGGGAGGUGGGAGAGACAGAGGGAGAGUGUGCACACAGCAGCUGUCGGCAUCCCUGUCUCAGGGACUUCUUUGCUGAUUCACAGAGGCAGCCCGGGCCUCCCAGCUCCCAGUUGCCGCCUGCUCCUCAGACCUGAAGGAAUCAGAAGGUGCUUAUGCUCAAGGUCGGUGCACGGCCCAUCCUCAUCCCCCAUGAGCCUUGGUUCUGAUGCAACCUAUGGUCAUGCAGGGAUGCCCUUACACCCUCCCACGAUGUCAUGAGUGGCGGGCAGCUGACCAGUUCCAUCACAGCAGCAGCUUCCGAAGCGCCUGUCCCCAGCCUCAGGUUAGAGCUGCUGCAGCUGCCCCUACACCCCCUCAAGAUGGUGCUGGGGCUUCCUGCCUAAGCCCAAAGCUAUUCAACGGGUCUCUUGGUGCCGCCGGACCCCUGGAACCUUCAGUCAUGAAUCUGUGUUGGAAUGAAAUAAAAAAGAAGUCUCACAACCUCCGUGCUCGCCUGGAGGCCUUCUCAGACCACAGCGGAAAACUUCAGCUCCCUCUCCAAGAGAUCAUUGACUGGCUCAGCCAAAAGGAUGAGGAAUUGUCAGCUCAGCUGCCCCUACAAGGAGAUGUGGCCCUUGUGCAACAGGAGAAAGAGACCCACGCGGCCUUUAUGGAGGACGUCAAGUCUCGGGGCCCCUACAUCUACUCUGUUCUGGAGUCAGCUCAGGUCUUCCUGUCCCAGCACCCGUUUGAAGAGUUAGAGGAACCUCAUUCUGAGAGCAAAGAUACCUCUCCCAGACAGCGGAUCCAGAAUCUUAGCCGCUUUGUAUGGAAGCAGGCAACUGUGGCCAGUGAACUAUGGGAAAAGUUGACAGCCCGCUGUGUGGACCAGCACCGCCAUAUUGAGCGCACUCUGGAGCAGUUGUUGGAGAUCCAGGGGGCGAUGGAAGAAUUAAGCACUACUCUGACCCAGGCGGAGGGAGUUCGAGGCACCUGGGAGCCCAUUGGAGACCUCUUCAUUGACUCACUUCCUGAGCACAUUCAGGCUCUUAAGCUAUUCAAAGAAGACUUUGCCCCCAUAAAAGAUGGUGUGAAGUCGGUGAAUGAUCUGGCCCAUCAACUUGCCAUUUCUGAUGUACACCUGUCAAUGGAGAAUUCCCGGGCUUUGGAACAAAUCAACAUCCGGUGGAAACAGCUACAGGUGUCAGUUGGCGAGAGGCUCAAGCAGCUCCAGGAUGCCCACCGGGACUUUGGGCCUGGGUCACAGCACUUCCUUUCCUCCUCUGUCCAGGUUCCCUGGGAAAGAGCAAUUUCACCCAAUAAAGUUCCCUACUACAUCAACCACCAGGCUCAGACCACAUGCUGGGACCACCCCAAGAUGACUGAGUUAUACCAAACCUUAGCUGAUCUGAAUAACAUUAAAUUCUCAGCUUACCGCACUGCCAUGAAGCUCCGCAGGGUCCAGAAGGCACUGCGCUUGGACUUGGUAACUUUAACCACAGCCCUGGAGAUCUUCAAUGAGCAUGACCUGCAGACCAGUGAGCACGUGAUGGACGUGGUGGAGGUCAUUCACUGCCUGACCGCCUUAUAUGAACGGCUGGAGGAGGAAAGGGGCAUUCUGGUCAACGUGCCACUCUGUGUGGACAUGAGCCUCAACUGGCUCCUCAAUGUGUUUGACAGUGGUCGCAGUGGGAAGAUGCGGGCAUUGUCCUUUAAGACUGGCAUUGCUUGCCUGUGUGGCACCGAAGUGAAGGAGAAACUACAGUACCUCUUCAGCCAAGUGGCCAACUCAGGCAGCCAGUGCGACCAGCGCCAUCUUGGUGUCCUGCUUCAUGAGGCCAUUCAGGUGCCCCGUCAACUGGGGGAAGUGGCAGCCUUUGGGGGCAGCAAUGUGGAGCCCAGUGUCCGUAGUUGCUUCCGCUUCAGCACUGGGAAGCCACUCAUUGAAGCAUCGCAGUUCCUGGAGUGGGUCAACUUGGAGCCCCAGUCCAUGGUGUGGCUGGCUGUUCUGCAUCGGGUCACCAUUGCCGAGCAAGUGAAGCAUCAGACCAAGUGCUCUAUCUGUAGACAGUGCCCCAUCAAGGGCUUCAGGUACCGGAGUCUGAAACAAUUUAACGUGGACAUCUGCCAGACCUGCUUCUUGACAGGCAGGGCCAGCAAAGGCAACAAGCUGCACUACCCUAUCAUGGAAUAUUACACCCCGACCACAUCCAGUGAGAACAUGAGGGACUUUGCCACAACUUUAAAGAACAAAUUCCGCUCAAAGCAUUAUUUCAGCAAACACCCUCAACGAGGUUAUCUACCCGUGCAGUCAGUGCUGGAGGCCGACUACAGUGAGACGCCGGCUUCUUCCCCGAUGUUGCCACACGCUGACACACACUCCCGCAUUGAGCAUUUUGCCAGCAGGCUUGCUGAGAUGGAAAGUCAAAAUUGCUCCUUCUUUAAUGACAGCCUGUCCCCAGAUGACAGCAUAGACGAGGACCAGUACCUGCUGCGGCACUCCAGCCCCAUCCCAGACCGGGAGCCGGUCUUCGGGCAGCAGACUCUACGCGGCAUGGCCACGGAGAGCAAGGGAGAGCUCGAGAAGAUCCUGGCCCACUUAGAGGAUGAGAACCGGAUUCUCCAGGGAGAACUGCGGCGCCUGAAGUGGCAGCAUGAGGAGGCUGCUGAAGCACCCACCCUGGCUGAGGGUUCUGCUGACACCACUCAGGACCACCGCAAUGAGGAGCUACUGGCUGAGGCCCGUAUUCUUCGGCAGCACAAGAGCCGCCUGGAGACGCGCAUGCAGAUCCUUGAAGACCACAACAAGCAACUAGAAUCCCAGCUGCAGCGCUUAAGGGAGCUGCUCCUGCAGCCACCCACUGAAUCUGAUGGCAAUGGCUCGGCAGGCUCCUCGCUGGCUUCCUCUCCGCAGCAGUCAGAAAGCAGUCACCCCCAAGAGAAGGGACAAACGACCCCAGACACCGAGGCUGCAGAUGAUGAGGGGUCCAAGAGCCAGGAUGUCAGCCUGUGCCUGGAGGACAUCAUGGAGAAACUCCGCCAUGCCUUCCCCAGUGUCCGAAGCUCUGAUGUGACUGCCAGUACCCUGCUGGCAUCUUGACGGAGCCAGAGCCCCAACUUACAGUUCAUAGUCCUCUCCCCAUUCUGAUCAAAGCCUUCCCCCAGCCUUCACCCAAACUUUCCAGUCCCCACUGGUUCCAUAUUCCUCAACCAGAGUUAUCUGGGCCCCGGGCAGCACCAGGGAUCUGGUGGCAUGUGGAGUGGGUAUAGGCAGGGGAGGGGGGUGUUGGAAGAGGGAGAGGCAUGAUUCCUCUGGUUCUAGAAAUGUGCCCUUUCAUCUUCCAGUUUGAGACUGGCCCCUUAAGCAUGCCCCUGUUGCAGCCCAGGCCGAUGUUAUUGGGGGCCAUUCAGCUGAGGAGCAGAGAGAGGGCCUUGCAGAACUAAGCAGUGCCGAUUCACUCAUCCCUUUCCCUUCUCUGCAGAAUUAUGGACAUGGAGAAGCCUCAUGGCCCCAGGUUCCAGCAUUAUGAAUUCACAAGCGUUAGCCCUACUCUCUGGCCCAACUCAGGGAGACAAGAGGAUAUCCCCAAAGUAGCCUGCCAAGUGCCCCUGAAAAGGUCUGCCAUGUGCUUCCUUUUGAGGUCAUAGCUCUAACCAUCCUGAAGCUACUACAUGCUAUUUCCUCCACAAAUAUCUUCAGUUCUUUGUGCCCCAUUCCCUGGCAGGCCUUCCUUAAGGUGGGAGCAACUCAUUCUGGUUCCUCCUUUGACCUCACUUUUGGAAAUGUUAAAAAAAGAUACAUAUGGGCUUAAAUGAUUUUCCCCAUCACCCCCUUUCCCGAAGGCCUCUGUGUCUCAAAAGAUCAGCUGAGUGGCUCGAGUCUGCCUUCACAGCCCUGGGGGAGGGGCGGGCGCUUGUUCUGCAAAGAGGCUGUAGUCUCUUGGGUGAGGAAGCGAAGACACCUUCAGCUUGGAGGCGUGUGACUGCCCAACACCCCCGCAGGCUGUGACCCUUCUUUUGCUUCAGGUACAUCAGGUGAGGUGGCUGAUUACCCCAGCAGAUGCCACAAGACACAGUGGUCCCUUCCAAGGAACCACUGGCUCGCAAUCAGUAGACUGGAUGCUUUCCACCCGACAACAGCAAGGCCAUCUUUCGCAGAAAACUGUUUUGCUAACUCUGGAGGGGGGACCCAGUCCUCAAACUGAACUAAUGCUUCCUAAGCAACAUAUACCAUGAUCCUUUUAUCCAAAAACUGUUCAGAAUAGACAAUGGGGGUAGGGGUAGUGGGCUUGGCAACUUUAAACACAGAGCCCACUUAGGCAGCUUUCUAUCAAAAGGAGCUUUAUAACCUAGAACCCUACAAUUCACCUAAAUUGCCGGUUUAUAUACAAACAUAUCUAUCCUGCAUAUCUACUGUACAUCAGCACUCUCCUGGCCUCACUCACACAUUAAACUCUAAUACCUCUUGAAGUAUUAAUGUUCUGCCUUGCUCUUUGUCAGCCCCAGCCUCUGGUUGGACAGAUAGAUGUAUCCCUCCCACAUGCUCCCUCAGGCUGCCUCUCCAUUCGUAUUUGGGGUGAGCUGUCCUCAAGACCAAAGCAACAGAAGCCUGUUCUCAUCACUCAUUCCAAAUCAUGUUUCCUUAAGCCCUGGGCUUUGGGCGAAUCUUCCUAGGCUCCUCUCACCUGGUUCAGGUGCCAAAAUAGAGCAAAUCCAAGCUCUACUCGCCCUGCACAUAAAAGAAGGAAUAAAUAGGCUUUCUUAGCCUUGGCAAGGAUGGCCACUGGGCAUAUCCUGUUGCUCCGUCCAGUUUCCUAACUGUGGCUCAAAGCAUUAAAAAAGUGGUGGUUGCCAUCAAGGUCAGCAGGGUGUGAGACGAUUGGGCUCCUAUGUCCUAACGGAGCUGGGGGGUGGUUGGUAGAAGGGCUGGGAAGUGAGAUUCAUCUGCUGCAAAGGAGGGAGAGUGGUGGCUGGCUCUAAGAGCUGAGGAGUGACGACCCUAGAAUUGCCAGGGGACACUUGGCCAUCGGUCGAGGGUGUCAGACUUCAUCCCACCAUCUGUCUUACUGCCCACGAGGUCUCCGGGCAGGACUGGAUAUCUGGAUGUAUGCUGAACAGGCAGUAGGCAGGUCACAGACCCUGGUGUCUGGCCAUGGCUGGCAUAGGAAAAACUUGCUCUAAUGCAGGGAGCUCAAGGUUGUUGAAGCAUACAUCUGCCUCAGCUUUAGGAGGGCAAAUAUUAUGAGACAGUCUUUCACCUGGAAAAUCCUUUGCAGAACCCUUGUUCUACCCAAGAGAUCUUAAGCUGUGAGCGCCUGUGGCAAGUGCAGCAGACCACGCCCUGUUAAAAAAAAAAAAAAAGACGAAGAUCUUGUUACGUAGGAUUUGUGAUGUAGGUGGACCAAAGCAGCAGGUCAAGAGUUGAUUCUCUCAAACGGAGUUACUGAUACCUUGUGGCCUUCGUUGACCAUAGUGCCCAAGGUAGGUGUAUUGCUUGAGGGUCCAGGAGCCAUUGCUGCUGGCCUGCGGUGCGGUCAAUGUAUCCUCAGCCCUGGUGAAUCCAGGUUUGCGUGGGAUUUGCCGAGAUGUGUUAUUUGUAGUUAGGCAUCUGUCAUGUGUCGUGUCUCCUAGACAUACUGGAUAUGACGCUGCGUAGUCUAUGGCUCUGCACUCAAGGGCAAAGAAGGCCCUCGCUGGGUUGGCUGCCUAAGGAAAACUUUUGACUUGUGGCAUUAGCAUCAGUGAUAAGGAAUGUGAAUGUUUGCUGGGGUUGUUGUCAAAUAGUUUUCGGGGAACAGUUAGGAUCAAGGGGUGAAUUAUUCUCGACAGAAUCUGAGAGAGGCCCAAAAGCCAUUAGGAGGAUCCCUCCGCUGGGAGGUGAGCAGAAUGGAUUGGUGUGGAUUGGGAAACUGCUAGGGAAGGCUGACUGGCUGGAGGCCCUCAGGUCGUUGCUUGUGCGGUUCCCUAGGGAGGCCCCUGCUCAAGAGGGAUGAGGGCCCUCUGCCCCACAAUGAAAAGGCUCUCAAAGUGGCCAUUUCCUUCAAGGUCCCCAGAGUGGAGCUAUUUCCCUGCAAAAAAACCGGUUUGAGUUUCUUGUACUACCCUGGAAUUGAUGAAACCCUGAGGCAAUGCAGAGACCAAUACUUGGCGAUGUUUUCCUUCCAGAUACGAUUUCAGGAAUCUGUGGUGUGUUUGGCAUCUGGGCUCCAUACACAGCUUCAGGCUACACCAUUCCCUGAACAGGCAUUCUCAGGAACAGGCUUGCAGCCUCUAAGAUGAUUAGAGGCCAGGAAUCUCUUUAAAGUUCCCUUGACACAGGUGAGAAAUAAGCAAGAGAGCAGCUGCCUUUUGACAAAGUCCUGGGGGAGAAACUGAAGAACCUUCCCCGAGAGCUAUGGAGACCUAGCUGCUCAGCUGGGCAGCUCUAUCUCUGGCCUUUCUGCCAAAAUCUGGCCCUGGGAACAAAGGAAUACUUCAGCACUUUCUUGCUCUUUUGACAUCAGUGGCUGUGGGAGAGGGAAAGGCUCAAGGCCAAGGCUCUUCUCCCAGCCUCCAUCUCCUCCCGCAGUUGCUGUGUAUAGGGGUCUGCUGAAUGUCCUUGCUGUCUCCAGGGCAGUUUUGAGGCCAGACUGAAGUCUGCUAUGCCGUUCGCUAGCUGAAAGAACUGGUCACAAAGAUGGCAGCUGGGGAGAGGCAAUAAGGGUGGUGUAGAAGUCUAAACAAGUUUGGGAUGAAGAGGCGGGGCUGGGAACAAAUUGGAUUUACUUUGGUUGCCACUCACUGUGGUGCUUUGCCCCCAUCCCUUCAAUCUGCUUUGAAAAGAAUAAAUUUGUAUUUGUUUACUUUG